CACCAGGACAUUUCACGACAACACCGACGACUCACGACUCUGGACCCUAUCGCAUCUCUAAAUACAAUAUUUCCGAUAAUCACUAUCACCAAUUGACGCGAAGAUACUCUGUGUCGACGCGCGACAACUCGAACGUCGCGAAAUCGGACUCAUCCCGCUCCUCCCCACGCAAAGCAGAUGCGCUGCCGAACCUGGCAUCAAUGACUACCAUUUUACGAACGCGAAUACCUCUGGAAACGAUUAGCAUGAGUAGCAAUCAGCCCACAGGAAGGAGAAGAAGCAAGCGGAUUGCUGCAUAUGACGAGGAAGAUGGAGACUUUGUAUUCACGCGCGCUUCAAAAAGGACAAAAACAGCACCCACUCAGCCAGAACCGGUUCCAACUCCAGCGCCAGCACCGUCCGCAAAGAGGGGUAGGAAACCGAAGGAGCCCAAAGAGACGAAAGAGCGCGACAAUGAGGCAAACACGACUGCUAAGAAGCCUCGAGGGCGUAAGAUGAGCUUCUCAACUCCAAAACCGGAAGAUGAUGCUAUAGUCGUGCCAAAGAAAAGAAAGACUACGCGUUCAUCGACAGGAAAGGCCGCGGAUGCAACCAACAAUGGAAAUGCUACACAGCUAGAACAUACCGACUACGACAAGAUUGAGAUGGUCAAUGGCUCAGUCACGAACCAGACGGAGGAUCUGAAUGUAGAUCCUACGAAGCAUUCUACAGUGAUUGCGCUGCCGUUUAGUGACACUCCUAUCAUAAAUCGGAAUAAGGAGCUUCGAAAAAAGGGCGGAAAUGGUGCGCGGAGGAGUAGUCUGGGUCUUCGAGGGCGAAGAGCGAGCUCGUUGAUAGACAACGGGCAUAGCGCAAUUCCACAUCGUGAGGUGGAGACUUCGGAAUUCUACAAGCAUAUCGAAGCUGAGGGGUUGAGCGAGCCUCGGAGAAUGAAGCAGCUUUUGACAUGGACUGGUGAACGGAGUAUGGGAGAGAAGCCAGCACAUGGCGCAGAUAAUGGGGCUGAAUUAGCAGCACGAAUGAUCAAGGAGACACUGCUUAAAGACUUUGCCAAUAAGUCGGAAUUCUCGGACUGGUUCAACCGUGAAGAAUCAGUACCUGCAGCAAAGGUCAUCAAGACACCAAAUCCAAGAAAUGUCGAAUUGGAAGAGAACCUGAUAGGGUUAGAAGCGAGACUGAAAUUACUCCGAGAAGAACGCGAUCAAUGGAAAGCUUUAGCCAAACCACCUCCAACAUUACCACCUCUGUUUCCAGAUGAGACUGCAGACCUCGAACCCUCUCGAAUAGACGCCUCGCUCCUCGAUCCCGAACAAGCUGCCAUCCUUGCCGAAAUCUCGUCCUCAUCCGCACUUGAUCUGCGAAAGCAGGCGUCUGAGCGAUUGCAAGCAUUACAAUCCGGGUUGGAAUUCAAGGUUGACCAAUUCUCGGAUGGAGUGCACAAACUUGAGCAGUACCAGAAUACUGUUGGAAAGGUUGCGGACAAAAUACUAGCGUUGAGCGCCGUCAGACUAGAAGAAAGAGACAGGAAAGAGAAACAGGAAAUAGGCACGCGAGAUCUGCCUAUGCAAGAAGUGCUGAGAAGUCUGAGCAGAAUAUUCCCAGAAGGGAGUACUUCCAGAUGAGGAUCAACGGUUUAGUGUAUUAUUCUGGAAUAAAAGAUUCAGAACUCAGAUAUGGCCAGAUCAAACUCAUCAGCGUCCAAAUUUUUGUUGCAUUUCAAGCGAAGGGCGGGUAUUGGGAGGUUCGGACGUUUGUUGGGACGAUGCAUGAACUGGCUGCUACGGGAGCAUCGGUGUUCAAGGGUAUUCUCCUGUCUGGUGGAGACAUUUGUUAUGUACAGAGUUGUGGGAAGUUCAUAUCACAAGGCGUGGAGCAUUUUCAUGAAGUAAUGCAUGCAUGCACUCG